CUGGGCACAAAAAAUACUGGUUUGGGAGCGGGGGGUAUAAGUGUGUCUCAUGCGAUAUUUAGGUUAUACUUACACUAAAAUUUUAUGUUGUUUAUCUGAAAUUUAAUCUUAACUUGGGGGGGCUGUAUUUUUAUUUGUCUAAUCAGGCAACCCUAUUGGUGACCCCAGGAGACACACGAAGCCUUAUACACGGGCACCUGAGCGUGGCUCAUGAGCCAUUCAGAGAAAACCCAGGCAGCUUGGCAGGUGGUGAGCUCCCCACUGCAGGCUGUAUUCAGGUGUGGCCGGAUAACCACGUGGUGGGUGUGUCACGGAGCGUAUUUGCAUUACAGAUGUCUGGUUCCAGUGAGAUUCUAGGAUGUAAAUGUUGAGACCAGGAGGAGAGGGAUUUACGUGGGUCUUCCUGGAGCUCUGACCCACGCAGGGUUAGGAGGCCGUCUCUGCAAUUACUUGCCGUCAGCACCAUGUUGAGCGGACCGCUUCUCCCUGCCAUGCAGAAGUGAUGGAUGGCCUCAGUCAGUUGGUGGAAGCCAGCUCAGCCCAGGGUCAUGUCUGUACGUGGAGAGCUUUGGCUUGAAGAAGCACUGUGUUAAAGGAAGAGUCAGUGAAUGGCCGCAGUGUGACAACAUGCACCACCAGUGGCUUCUGCUGGCCGCGUGCUUUUGGGUGAUUUUCAUGUUCAUGGUGGCUAGCAAGUUCAUCACGUUGACCUUUAAAGACCCAGAUGUGUACAGUGCCAAACAGGAGUUUCUGUUCCUGACAACCAUGCCGGAAGUGAGGAAGUUGCCAGAAGAGAAGCAUAUUCCUGAGGAACUGAAGCCAACUGGGAAGGAGCUUCCAGACAGCCGGCUCGUUCAGCCCCUGGUCUACAUGGAGCGCCUGGAACUCAUCAGAAACGUCUGCAGGGAUGACGCCCUGAAGAAUCUCUCGCACACUCCCGUCUCCAAGUUUGUCCUGGACCGAAUAUUUGUCUGUGACAAGCACAAGAUUCUUUUCUGCCAGACUCCCAAAGUGGGCAACACCCAGUGGAAGAAAGUACUGAUUGUUCUGAAUGGAGCCUUUCCUUCCAUUGAGGAGAUCCCCGAAAACGUGGUGCACGACCACGAGAAGAACGGCCUUCCUCGGCUCUCUUCCUUCAGUGAUGCAGAAAUUCAGAAGAGAUUGAAAACAUACUUCAAGUUUUUUAUUGUAAGAGAUCCCUUCGAAAGACUUAUUUCUGCAUUUAAGGAUAAAUUUGUUCACAAUCCCCGGUUUGAGCCUUGGUACAGGCAUGAGAUUGCCCCUGGCAUCAUCAGAAAAUACAGGAGGAACCGGACGGAGACCCGGGGGAUCCAGUUUGAAGAUUUCGUGCGUUACCUGGGCGACCCGAACCACAGAUGGCUAGACCUUCAGUUUGGGGACCACAUCAUUCACUGGGUGACGUAUGUAGAGCUCUGCGCUCCAUGUGAGAUCAUGUACAGUGUGAUUGGGCACCACGAGACCCUGGAGGACGAUGCCCCCUACAUCUUAAAAGAGGCUGGCAUUGACCACCUGGUGUCAUACCCGACCAUCCCUCCGGGCAUCACCGUGUAUAACAGAACCAAGGUGGAGCACUAUUUCCUGGGCAUCAGCAAACGAGACAUCCGACGCCUGUACGCACGGUUCGAAGGGGACUUUAAGCUCUUUGGGUACCAGAAACCAGAUUUUUUGCUAAACUAAUGCCUAGGACCUAUGAAUUCAAAUAUCUGUUAGACCUGGGGCUAACCAGGUGGAGGUCUGAGCCCAGAAAUGACCCUUUCUCCACUACACCCCUCCUUUUAGGACGCCUGGGUCUCCCAUGGGGCUGUGAGUUGCCUCGGCAUACGACUCAGGACCCCGACUGUUACAACUUAGUUCGGAUGUAAGAUGCUCUGAGGACCCUGCCCCCACCCCUGUCAUUAGGAUGUCGCUGGCCUUUGCUUACCUCAGAGGGGAGAGAAGACUUAAGAUUUACAGUUCGAUAGCCCAGCAGGGAGGAAACAUCACACAGCGUUAGGAGCCAUUUCCCUCAGGUGUCAAGGAAGGGGAGGCCCCUGAGGUUCUCCUGGCUAGUCGGGGUGGCCUCACCCGUCACCGGGUCACUGGUUGGUUGCAGGAACAGCACCCAGCACUCUGAGGAGGGACAGAGAAGCAAGGGGACUGCUGAAACCGCAGAGGCUUUUGCAGCAUCAGAUCUGAGGAGUAAAACGGCACCUCUGGCCUUCAUCUGGGUGCUGCUACGAUUGUGGAGGCAAAGCAUUCUUUCUGUGACUGUUUUGUUCCCGUGGUCAGCGAUGGCCAGAGGGUGGUGUGGGGUCUGGGGGUCCAUCUCCACCUGUCUCCUGCAGGGAGCUCCCACCUUGGGGCUGAGGACUAGCAGGGGCCACAUGCCAGCGUCACAGGAUUCAGUGUAGUUUACAUAUUUCGAUUCCUUUCAUCUCAGCAAAAUGGGCACCGCCAGAGCCAUUUCUAAUCAUGCCACCAUCCUGGACCAUGUGACUGGAAGGUGGGUAACCAAGUUCACCAGCAAUAAAACCCAUGGCCCAGGUAGCCUCCGGCAGCGUGACUUCCUGGCAGCGAGGUAGGCCCUGGUGCAGGGCAAGCCACAGCGACCAUUUCAGAUACCGUCCACAGCCAGGGCCGCUGAGACCCGGGACAGUUUCCUGGGGUGAGUGCCAGCCUGAGCCUGCGUGGUGCUGCCGAGCCCGGGGUAGAGGAGGGAGUCAGGCUUUGCUUCAAGGCGGCCUCUACCUUUUCUCAGAAUGAUUUCCUGAAUGUGUCAAUGUGAAAGUAAAAUAAAAUUUAUGUGCCAAACCUGA